AUGGCAUCCGUUACAUCGAAAACCCCGAUGCUUCGUGCGGCAGCGGCCCGUGGCUAUGCCGCUCAUGCCCAGGCUGCCGCUGCUAGCCGUGGAUCGGGCGAAGUGCAGACGACCACCCUUCCUAACAAGCUGGUCGUUUCAUCGGCGGAACCGAAUGCUCCUGUGUCCCGGAUUUCUAUCGCUUUCCGUGCCGGAUCGCGCAACGAAACUGCAGACAGUCUAGGUGCAGCACACGUGCUGCGUGCUGCCGGAGGUCUCUCAACCAAGUCGGCCACCGCGUUCGGUAUUACGCGCAACAUUCAGCAGGCUGGCGGUUCCCUGACGUCGUUGGCCGACCGUGAGGUGGUAUCGUACAGUGUUGCCGUGACGAAAGAUCAGCUGGAGGUGGGUUUGAAGUAUCUGGAGGCUACUGCCACCGGACAGGUGUUCAAGCCCUGGGAGCUGGCCGAACUGGUACCCACCAUCCGCAACGAGCUGGCUCGUUUGCCGGCCGAAGUCCAGGCCGUCGAAUUGCUGCACAAGGCCGCCUUCCGUGACGGACUUGGCAAUUCCGUCUUCUGUCCAGACUAUUUGGUCGGCAAACAUUCGUCGGAAACGAUGCAGCACUACUUUGCGACCAACUGCACCACAAACCGGGCGGCCGUUGCCGGUGUCGGCGUUGAUCACCAACUGCUGGUUGGCUUCGCACAGAGUCUUGCACUUGAGUCCGGGGCCGGUGGUGAGAAUAAGUCCACCUUCAACACCGGUGAAGUGCGUCGCGAAGGAGCCGGUUCCCGCGCUGCCGUAGCCGUGGGCGCUCAAGCUGUUGGUUGGAAAACGGCAUUGAACGAAGCUGCUGCCUUCUGGGUGUUGCACUUCGCUGCGGGUGUGGGCCCGGUAACCAAGCGUGGUGCUAACAAUGGUGCCCUCACGAAGGCUCUCGGUGGUGUUAACUGCAGUGCUCUGUUCAACGGAUACUCCGAUAAUGGAAUGUUCGGAUUCGUCGUGUCUGGAAAUGCGAAGGAUGCGGGUAAGGCGGUGGAGGACGGUGUAAAGGCCCUUAAAUCGCUCUCAGUUACCGAUGCUUGUGUGGCCCGUGGUAAGGCAUUGGCUGUUAUGGCCGUGGCUGAUGUUGCUGAGAACCAAAGCUCCCUGCACCACCAGCUGGGCGAAGAGUCCGUCGUCUUAGGGCAUGUGUACAAGAAGAAUGACCUGAUUGCUGCCGUCAGUGCCGUCACCACCAGUGAUGUUCAAGCUGCCGCCAGGAAGGUUGCUUCCAGCAAAUUGGCCAUCGGUGCCGUUGGCAAUCUGUCCCACGUGCCGCAUCUUUGUGAGUUGCAUUAA